ACAAGAGAAAGGCUUCCCAAGUCUUGAGCCUGGAUUGUUCGAUCCCUGAAACACCGCGUUCCUUUCACGCCUCGCAACGCUGGCGAACACAGGAUAAUCGCGGCGCCUGGCGCUGCACGCCGCCGACUCCUCAGCGAUGCUCAUCCAAUGCCCUAAGUUCACGCCGCUGCAAACACGACUGAUCGCAUCUGUGACCGCACUCGCAUUGCUGGCCCUGGUAUACUACUCCCUCGCUUCACCGCAUUUCGCAUACGCCGCCGAGCUCCCACACGAUGGUACUGGAGAGUUGAGAACAAUCGAGGGAGAGCAGCACCUGGUCCAAUGGGAGGAUUCCGUGGAUCCAAUCGUUCAAUUGAGGCUGGACCCCGAGCAUGAAGGAGAAGAUGCACAAAACGACGCACAAAAGGAUGAAAUCACACACAGUAGAAGAGCUUUGCAGACAGAAACGAUUCGAGGCAACAACAUAGCAACGCGAUACGACUUGAGUGCGGGCAAUACAACUCUUUUGGAAUUUCCAAACCGGUUCCUGAUCGGCAAUCAUACUGAAAGUGGGAAAGGGCUACCUGGCACUCUGGACCGACGGACUACUGGUCCUAUCAAGCCGAAGCAUGCCGAACUCAAGAAGCGCAGUGCUGAAGGACUUGAAGCUCGUCAAGAUACCGAGUCAGACAGGACGAUUUUCAUCUCGGCGAAUGUCUGCAUGCAGCCUACGUGGAAUGGCACUGGAACUCAGAGCGCUGCGCCACCACAGCUGACACUUUACGUGGCCAACUCGGCUGACUCCACGAGCAUAGGACCCGGUGUCAGCAAUCAAACACAAGCGAUCUAUCCUUUCGAUUCUGGCUUCGUGAAUGCGUCUGUGCCGAACGCGACCGGAACUUGGAACAUGGCAGUAUCUGCGCCAGCACUGCCAGACGGCUUUGUGGGAUCGUGGACAUACACGCUGGCCGCUUCGAUAGACGACUACUUCUACUCUGUCAAUACGACAGGUCCGUUCUUACAUCUGGUCGACACUGAUUACGACUCUGCACUCUUGGUGACCGAUAACCUUACUUCGGCCGACUCGUCCGAUUCGGUCUAUCAACAGUGGAUGAACCUGACAGCCCCGUUCAUUAUCUUUGCUUCGGAUGCGAACCUCACCGGCCUUCGGGGCAUGGAGAAUUCAUUUUGUGGACUAGAGACUUUUGUCAAAGGAAACAACCAGAUUCAGGCCUCGCAAACGGACCUGCAAGGCAACGGAACGCAUGUCCAGAUGGGAAUGAUCACUCGAGGUCUGGGCAACAAACCCAAGGAACAAUUUUACGUCACAAACCUCAACAGUUCGAGUGAAUAUCGAGCAUUCCUGGCUAUCGAAGGAAACUCUACUGCAUCUGGAGACGGCGUCGUUGGCGGAGGCGGUAAGGUCUGGCAACCUGUGCCCUUCUCCACCAAGUCAGAUGGCAAUUGCCAACUGCUAUUCAACAUGUCUUUCUGCGAUGAGGUUGCAUACGCAGUACCAAGCAAUCCCAAAACGAUGCCAACAUUCGAGGAUUUGCAGCGUUUCUACGAAAAUCAUACUACGACGUGGUGGGCGCCCUUCAACUGGACACUGGCUCAGAUCCCUUGCAACACAACGUCGGAAUCGCAAUACUCGCUCGCCAAGAAUUGCACGAAUUGUGCAGCUGCGUACAAAGAAUGGCUUUGCGCCGUUUCCAUUCCCCGGUGCGAGGAUUUUUCCAGCGAGGAUGCUUUCCUGCAGGUUCGAAAUGUUGGGCAGCCUUUCUUCAACAACGACACCAUGCUUGAUUCCGAUUUUCUGAACUCCAACUAUGUACCGAUGCCAGAUGCGCCGACUGUGCAAGGCAGCAACGCUUUCUCUCAGACCUACCUAUCGAACGUUGCUACGAAUCGAUCUCGCAAUGGCUUGAUUGAUGAGGUCAUCCAACCUGGUCCGUACAAGGAGAUUCUGCCGUGUGAGGAUCUCUGCUACAGCUUGAUGCAGAGCUGUCCUGCUGCGAUGGGCUUCGUCUGCCCAUAUCCUGGUCGUGGACUGGAGGCUGGAUAUGGCAAGCGCAGCAAGAACGGCAGCUUGACUUGCAGUUAUUUGGGCGCGGUGUACUAUCAGAAUGAUGCCGCUGGGCUUAUCCAGCCAGUAUGGAAAACUCUGCUAGUCACUGCGGCUGUCACAUGGGCGCUGGCGUUUGGUUGA